GAGACUCUGUAAGUUCUUCUGCAAAACAAACCACAUCCCAGGACAACUUCUGCAGGAGCACAACAAUCAGCUUCAAAGUUGAGACUGAAGUCAACGCAAAAUUUCAAGUUCAGCACACUCUGAAAUGGAAAAUGAGACACAAGAUUCCUAGGAAGCUGGGAUGUAAGGUUUAAAGAGACGAGUUGAUUGGAGAGAAAAAACGACGCCACCGUUGAGGAACCUGAUGAGGAUCAUUAUGAGGAGCAAUGAAGCCUGGGGAACAGACAGUUGUGGUGAACCCAGUUAAAAAUGCCAUAACCAGCAUGAGAAAACAGUGGGAUCCUGAGAAACCAUUGGAUAUUGAGAAGGAAGACAAGUUCAGCAAUUGCAGUGAUUCAUCUGGCAAGGAGAAUGAAUUGCAACAUUACCUGUUAAAGCAGACGUGGACACAGGGGCACGGCGAGAGGGUUGGCUACCCUGAAACACUGGAUAACUGCAACAGCAAACAGUCGAGGAUGGACACAGACAGUGAAGAAAAGAGACUGCGCACACGCUCAAAAGGAUCUAGGGUUGCAGUGGAGCCUGGGAUACAGGAGCUGAGCACUCAUGCUUGUUCUGCUGCAAAAAAGAGAAAAAUGCAGGAGCAGGAACUAGGAGCUUCUAUAAACAAGAGGAAGUCCCUUCUGAUGAAGCCCCGUCAUUUCAGUCCUAAUGAGGAGUGUGAAGAGGACAGCAAGGAGGCGAAGGAACCUGAUGACGAUGGGACAGAAACAGAUGAAAUGGAAGACAGUGAACUUGUGUUAGAAAACAAACUGGGCCAGACAGCACCUGGAAAUACUCAAAUGGACACCCCAGAGAAGGACACCCAGAGCAAUGGUGAUGAUUUUAACAGUUAUCAGGAGCUUGUAGCCAAAUCACUUCAAGAUUUGGGCAAAAUAGCAGAAGAUGCAGCAAUACACAGAACUACUGAAAGCAAUCUGAAUGACAGUGGAGUGCAGUCUAUGGAGGGAGAGAGCGAUGCGGAAGAGAGCCAUGGGUCAGAAAUUGGGACUAAAGAUAAGUUACAUAUAUGUGAAGAACAAGUAAUACUAGAUCAGCAUUCUUGUGCAGAAAAUGAUCCCUCGCACUCUGAAAAUCUUAUUAAUAACUGUGACCAGCCCCAAGAUUUAUCAAAACCUUCUAAUGUGAGUGAACUGAAGCCCCUUGGAGUCCAAGUUUAUAGCCUUGGCUGCGAGCCACGAGCGACAUUAGAUGCAGAAGAGAAAGAAAUUGAAAUAACAAAAGUUGUGCCACAAGAAACUGCUUACCAGAAUAGACCGACCGAAUUAGGAGAUCCCCGACCGUCAGAGCAGGAGCUCUGUGUCAGUAAAGGGGGAUUGUCAGAGAAUGAUGAGGAUUGCUGUUCUCAGAUAUCCACAGAGACGGAUGAUUCAGAAGAUUUUGACACAGCAAAGGGAAACCUGAAUCUGCUGGAACAGGCUAUUGCUCUGCAGGCAGAGCAGGGGUAUAUCAUCCAAGGAACCCACAAAGAAAAUGAAAGGAUCUUACUUGAGCAACUCGCUGCAGAAAGGAGGCAUUGUAAAAUCAUUGACAUUGGCAUUCGAAAGAAUUACUCCAGCAGAGAUUCUAUUCGAUGUGACAAAAAGGAAUCCAGGUGCCCAACUCCAGGCUGCGAUGGCAGUGGUCACAUAACUGGGCUCUAUCCCCAUCACCGGAGUCUCUCUGGCUGCCCUCACAAAAUGAGAGUGCCACCAGACAUCCUAGCCAUGCACGAGAAUGUGCUCAGAUGCCCAACACCUGGCUGCACUGGACGAGGACAUGUCAACAGCAACCGCAACUCACACCGAAGCCUCUCUGGUUGUCCGAUUGCUGCAGCAGAGAAGCUGGCUAAAUUGCAGGAAAAACAAAGUGAUGUGCCAAAGGUUGGACAGAGCUCUGACCGAGUGCUCAGACCGAUGUGUCUGGUGAAACAACUGGAGAUUCCCCCGUUCAACUAUGGACCCUCACAGCCAUUUAGCACACCUCGAGCCAACCUUCCAAAGGAGCUGGAUAAGUGCACUAAAGCUCCCUUUGACUAUGCGAGCUUUGAUGCCCAAGUAUUUGGGAAGCAUACAGUCACAUUAAAAGAACGAGAAGCUCUUCAGAUGUAUGAAGCCAAACAUUUUUCAAGUGCUGUGACCUCCUCCAGCCGACUGUCCAGUGCCUCGGUGCAGAGUCAAUGCCAUUCAGGCCUCUACAGCUAUAGCCACGAUGCCGAAGCCACUCACUUAGCAGCUGCGGCUAUUCUGAACUUAUCCACGCGUUGUCGGGAGAUGCCACAGAAUCUCUCCACAAAGCCACAAGACCUGUCCACCAAGAAUGCUGAUAUAGAGGUCGAUGAAAAUGGAACCCUUGACUUGAGCAUGAACAAGCAAAGACACAGAGACAAAGUUGCUCCCAUGACUUCCACACUACCCACUCCGAAUUGCUCACCCUCCUACCUGAACAGCAUCUUAAUAACUCCUCAAUAUUACCAGGCAUUGUGUGAACAGGAAGGAUGGGAUGCACCUGUCAAUUACACUAAAGCACAGAUGCAUCAAGAAGAGGAAAAAGAGAAGGAAGAGACUGAUCCUGAAGAAAGCAUGGAGGAGAGGAAAUACCCUGGUGAUGUCACCAUUUCAAGUCCUAAAUCUAAAAUACAGAGCAGAGAUUCAAAGAAAGAACUCAUAACUUGCCCAACUCCAGGUUGUGAUGGUAGUGGCCACGUAACUGGAAAUUAUGCUUCACACCGAAGUGUCUCCGGUUGUCCUUUAGCUGACAAAAGCCUUAAGAGUCUUAUGGCCGCCAGCUCCCAGGAACUGAAGUGUCCGACACCUGGUUGUGAUGGCUCCGGUCACGUGACUGGCAACUAUGCUUCACACAGAAGCUUAUCGGGAUGCCCACGUGCAAAAAAAGGUGGCAUUAAACUGACCCCCAGUAAGGAUGACAAAGAAGAUGCGGAACUAAUCAGAUGCCCGGUGAUAGGCUGUGAUGGGCAGGGUCACAUCUCUGGCAAGUACUCCUCCCAUCGCAGUGCGUCAGGUUGCCCACUAGCUGCAAAGAGACAGAAGGAAACUGCUCUGAACGGGUCCCAGUUCCCUUGGAAACCUGGCAAAGCAGAAAGCACAGCCUGCCCUACGCCAGGCUGUGAUGGGACUGGUCACAUUAAUGGCAGUUUUGUCACACACAGAAGUUUGUCAGGAUGCCCCCGAGCCUCCCUAGCGCUGAAGAAAGGCAAACUCUCGGGUGAUGAAAUGAUGACCAUCAAACUGAGGGCAAGCAGUGGGGCGGAAAAUGACGAGGAGAUCAAUCAUUUGGAUGAUGAGAUUAAAGAGUUGAAUGAGUCAAACCUGAAAAUGGAAGCAGAUAUGAUAAAGCUCCAGACACAGAUUACAUCCAUGGAGAGCAAUUUGAAAACAAUUGAGGAGGAGAAUAAAGUAAUUGAGCAGCACAAUGAGAGUUUGUUAAAGGAAUUAGCUGGUCUGAGUCAGGCCCUUAUUAACAGCCUCGCUGACAUCCAACUCCCACAAAUGGAGCCAAUCAGCGAGCAGAAUUUUGACGCAUACAUGAACACUCUGACUGACAUGUACAGCAGUUUGGAACGGAAUUACACCCCUGAAAGCAAGGCACUUCUUGAAAGCAUUAAACAAGCAGUGAAGGGCAUCCAGGUGUGAAUCUUGUCCGCUCGAGUCUCCCGGUGCCUCUUCUGUAAAUGCUACUGACUUUUUUUUAUUCAUAGGCAGUACAAUUCAGCUUCAAGUGUUUGACGCACAUGUGAUAGUGGCAUGUCUUAGGAACAGCAAAAAAUCUCCAUUUACAACAGCCACUUAAGCAGGAUGAGAAACCAUCCCAUCGCUGAGGGGCUGUAACUCAGAGGUAUCAAAAGCAAGAGCUGGAACACUAGUUUCCCUUUGGGAAAUACAUGAAGCUUCAUAAUGCAUUUGCAGUUCUUUUUAUAUCAAUGCUGUGAAAUCAUGUCACCGAGUUACAGACCCCCUUUUGAAAUCAGAUUGGAGGCUAAUUUCUGUAGUACAGCUGUCAUGUUACUUAAAAAAAAUUUUCAAAUAUUUUGAAGUGGACACAUCAUGUGCGAUAAGUAAAAAGACACUAUUAUAAAGGGCUGAUUUGUAACAAUUUUCAAACCCAGCCUAUGUGGGUCCAUGAUGCAAUGCUGAUUCUUUUAAAAACUAAAUUGGAAGGGAUGACAGCACCUAUAACACUGCACUUAAGAUACUUUCCUUUU